AUGGAUGGACCUGACGGAAGAUGGUCGACUUUCCACGUUGAAGUCGGAGGACAAACAGUUCGGCUUCUUCCUUCGACUUCGGCAAGCGCAGGAAGCAGCACCUGGGUCGUCAUCGACGAAGGCUGCACUGUCGCCAAUCCGAACUUGACAAAUUGCAACAACGAACGUGGAUAUCUGUUUCAUCGGAACGAAUCAUCUUCUUGGUCCACUCGACGUCUAUUUGGUGAAGGGCUUUACUCCUUGAACAUCUUUGUGGAAGGCUAUCUCGGCCUCACGGGUAAUGCAUACUAUGGCUUCGACACAAUAAAUCUAGGCUUGACAGGUUCUGGUCUACCGACUGUACAAGGACAAGUGAUAGCUGGCUUUGGCACCAAUGACUUUUGGCUUGGAACUCUCGGUCUCAGCCCGUAUCCUUUCAACUUCACGGAUCUUGACGAUCCUCAACCAAGCCUGCUGAGUACACUUCGAAAUCAGAGUCUGAUACCCAGUCUAUCCUGGGCGUACACAGCUGGCGCGCAGUACAAAAACCCACCGGUGUUGGGCAGUCUAACUCUUGGAGGAUACGACACAACUCGCUUCACGCCGAACAAUGUCUCUUUCCCAUUUGGAGCAGACUUCUCACGAGAUCUUCUUGUCAAGCUUCGAUCCAUCAGUUAUGACACUUUUGGGAGCCCACCGCUGCUGACAUCUGAGAUUGACAUUUUCCUAGACUCUGCCGUCACACAGAUGUGGCUUCCCGUCAAUGUCUGUCAGCAAUUCGAGAAGGCCUUCAACCUGACCUGGAACGCUACUGCCGAACUGUACCUUCUCGACGAGGACACGCAUAGCGCGUUGCUCUCACGCAACCCGAUUUUCACAUUCACAAUAGCCAACGGCAGCAACAGUGCAGACGGUACUGUCGACAUCGUGCUUCCAUACUCGGCAUUCGAUCUCAAUAUUACGCAACCGUAUGUGAAUACCGAAACGCGAUACUUUCCUCUCAAGCAGGCCCAAAACUCGAGCCAGUUCGCCCUCGGUAGAGUGUUCCUGCAAGAGGCCUACGUUGUCGCGGACUACGGCCACCGCAACUUUUCUGUCUCGCAAGCUUUGUUUCCUCAGACCAAUGUUGAACAAAACAUCGUCGCCAUCCAUACACCCAAUUACAAAGCAGGAGAUGAUCGGCCCGACGGCCUCAGUGGCGGUUCUAUUGCCGGUAUAGUCGGUGCAGCCGUCGUGGUACUUGUUUCAAUCAUCGCAGCCACCAUCUGGUUCAAGCGGCGAUCAACCCGAAAGGUCAAGAUCUCUACGGAGCAAACACGUCACGACACUGACGAAAAGGACAACACCGCUGCUCAAGGCAUCUCGGAGCUCGACCAUGGAGAUACAGCUGUGCAAGAAGCCGAUGGAUGGCACGGCUACAAGCCAGAGCUCGAAGUCAAUGAUGGAAGUUCUGGCAGACAUGAGCUUCCCACUCCCGUCAAAAUGCACGAAGUGGCCGGACACCUACCGGUAGAGCUAGAAGCGCCACUGCGAUGA